CCAUCCAUCCAUCCAUCCAUACCUACUCGAGUACACAUAAACAACGACAACAUCCACAGCACAGUGAAGCAAUUCACACAAAAUGCAUACCCCCCCACGAUUAUGGCCCUGAAAACUCGAGAUGUAGCUCUCGCCGCCGUCGCCGCCUUCAUCGCCUGGGGCUAUCUGACCCACUGGCAACCCAGCCUGCGCUUCCUCCCUUAUGCCUUCUUCGCCGGCGUUAUCGCCAUCCUCGCCCUGCAAGCCUGGCUGACCUUCACCAACGCCUGGAGCCAGCAGCUGCGGAUCCCCGCGAGAAAUACGUACGGUCCCAAACAUGCCGCGUUUCUGGCCCCCGAAAAAUGGCGGGCGGAGCGGGAUGCCCUCACCAAGAGGAGCAUGUACAUGAUGGAGCCUCUAUACCCCGCCUCGUUCCUCGUGUCCGACAGCAUCGACGUGUUCCUGGGCCUGAUCCUGCGCGACUUCGUCAAGAGCUGGUAUGGCAAUAUCAGCAAGAGCCCGACCUUUGUCAACGAAGUCGACCGCGCGGUGAGGGCUGCCAUGGGCGAGCUGAGUAACCGCAUUCUGGCCGUCGACAUGGUGGAGACGGUGGUGUCGCGCCUCAUCCCCAUCAUUACGGAGCACCUGCGCGCCGCGUACGAGGCCGAGCGCGUGGUGCGCGGAAAGAAGCUGUCGCGCAACAUGACCGAGUCGGAAGAGUUGGAUCUGGCCAUUGCCGCAAAGUACAAUGGCGGGCGUUUGCACCCUGCUGCGUCCCUGGCUUAUUCCAACACCAAGCUCAUACAGCAGCAGCAUCUUCGCGGCAUUGUAUCCAAACUAUUGCCGAGCAUCAUGCCCAGCAACAUGAUCACCAGUCCGGCUGUAAACGUUUUGAUCAAGGAGAUUGUCGCGUGCGCCGUGCUGUCGCCAAUCAUGGGCAUGCUGGCCGAUGCUGACACCUGGAACCAACUCAUGGAAGGGUACGGCCGCUCGUUGAUUCAGGAGCGCAAAACGGUGCGUAAACUGCGCGCUGAGCUGGACAAGCAUGCGCCUCCCUCGCCCAAAACGCCCAAGAAUGUCCAGUUCCCCAAACUGUCUCCCGGUGACAACGAACGCAAGUUUGAGAGGUUCAUUCGAGCCAUCAAGCAGACCAACACCCUCGCAGAUGCCCGCCGUUUUCGAAGUGAGAUAUCCGGCCAGCUACGCAAGGACUCGAUGGUCGAGGGUCAGGAUCCCGUGCACCUGCGCCGCCUGGAAACGGCGAGGCGGAUUUUGGAUCAGAAGAUUGCCAAUUUGAGCGCUGGGGGAUCUGUCCGGAACAAAGUGGUGGCAAAAGAGAAAAUGAAGCAUAGGCGGACGACGUCAAGGUUCGAAAACGCGUCUCUUCGUGAUGUUCUGUAUGAUUCCGCCGGCCUAUCGUGCUUCAUGGAGUUUAUGGAUCAAGUCAAUCUCAUGCGUUUGGUUCAGUUCUGGAUAGUGGUAGAUGGGUUCCGCAACCCUCUAGAACAGGAUACGGAUGAACCUGUUGAAGACGCGAGCACAUUUCGUCCUUGGACCGACUCAGAUCGAGCCGACAUGGCUCAAAUAAAUGAAGCAUAUUUAUCCAAGCUAGAACUAAACAUUCUUCCAGACGCGCGCAAAGCCGUUGGCGAAUUUCUCAAAGCUGGGAGAAGCGCAACACCCCAGCAAUACUACACCGCGCGCCGUCUAGUAAUGCAAGCCCAGACUGCCGCAUACGACCAGAUGCAGGAACCUCAUUUCCGACGCUUCAAGAGAUCGAAUCUGUAUUACAAGUGGUUGGCUAUGGACGAAGCUGCCAGCGCAGACAAGUCGCCCAUCAGUACAAAAAUCAUCACUCAAACGUUGGACCCUGCAUUGGCGGCCCCAAAAAGGCUCCCCCGAUCACAAUCUGCGCAAAAACAGACCCUUCAUCCACCUGAUCUGCGACGAGCGGCCGUGUCAUCGUCUGAUCUCAGUAGUCUCAGCAAAGCGAAAGACCUUGACCCUCCGCCCCGGCGAUCCUUGGACACUGGCAAUACGACGACAAGAGCCCCUUUGUUCGACGAUGGCUACGACAGUGAUCCCCUGGCACAUUCAGUCAUGAGCUUAGACUCAGAUGCGGGUUUUGGGCGGCAGAAUGACAAUUCCGGUGUAGUCGAUGCCAUGUCCGCGGCAUUGAACGAUAUCAUGGGUGAUGAACCCGAGGGCUCGCUGUUUCAUGAAUCAUUACAGUCGCCAGUGGAGACGAGUUCAUUGAAAGGAUCUAUUGAUAUCGUCAGAGCCGCGUCUCCCGAUUCCAUGAACAUGCAGAAGAAGAGUAAACUCAGUAUAGCAUCGCUCGGUCUUGUAGGAGAGCCCCGUACUCGUGGAGUCUUCAAUGACGAUCUGUUCGGCGACGAAGAAAAGUUUCUCGAGGACGAGAUCGAGGAGACCGGGGCUUCGGAUAAAGCCGAAGAUGAGAUUCACGAGGCAGCACCUGGUGAUCUGGGCUUAGCAGAGGCUAUCGAUGCAUUGACUUCGGAUAUCGAACGCCUAGUUACGCAGGAGUCCAUUGUGGAUUCUUUGACCUCUAAAGCGGAACUCACAAACAAUGCUGCAGAGCUGCGGAUAUUACGAAAAUCCAAGUCGAGCCUGCAACGCGAGAUUCAACGGAAGGAACUACAACGUCAGCAGUACAUCGUACAGGAGAGCGACAACAGUUUGUACGGUCGCGCAACGGUGUUCAUCCAGUCUUAUAUGGUGGGCCAUGAUGAGGACGGGAAAGAGUUCGCAUUGUAUGUGAUUGAGGUUCGUCGUCGUGCGGGAGACCAAAUGCCCGCUGCCACUUGGGCAGUCUCCAGACGUUAUAGCGAAUUCCACGAUCUGAACAAACGCCUCCGCACCAAAUUUCCCGAAGUUCGUAAUCUCGAACUUCCACGCCGACAGAUGAUUCCAAAGCUACAGAAAGACUUUCUCCAUAAGCGAAGACUGGGCUUGGAGAAGUAUCUCAGGGAUCUCCUUACCAUACCCGCCGUCUGUCGUAGUCGAGAAUUCCGUGCUUUCCUCUCCCAAGCCGCCAUAUCCUCUGCUGACCCUUCAGCAAAUCAAACCGUCCCGAACGACUUCGUGUCGCGCAUCUACAGCUCCGUCGCCGACGGCAUGGAAGACUUCUUAGGCAACAUCCCUGUUCUCGAUCAACUCUCUGUCGCCGGUCAAAACCUCAUCUCAGCAGCAACGACCCAGCUCGCCUCCGCAAACGGCGGCGCCCCCCCUCCCCUUCCUCCUGGCAGUACAGCAUCAUCAACCUACCAACCAACUAAUCUCCUCAUACCUCCAGACACAGAUGCCGCCGAAGCCGAAGCCGAGCUCCUUGCCUUCGAAAAUAAAGAGCUCGAACCCUUUGUCAAACCCAUCUGCGAUAUCUUCCUCGAAACAUUUGAACUCAACCGCGAAAACAACUGGCUCCGCGGCCGCGCCGUCGUCGUCGUUCUCCAUCAGCUUCUAGGCGGUACUAUUGAACGCAAGAUCCGGGAUUCCUUUUCGUCGCUCGUCGCGGAGCAUAAUCUCGCUAAUUACAUCGACGCGCUCAAGGCGAAUAUGUGGCCGAACGGGCAGAUGAAGAAGGCGGGUGUUGAGCGUACUCCUGCGGAUCGCGCGAAGAGUCGGAAGGAAGCCGGUGAAGUGCUAAAGACGCUGUUACCGGAGGUUGUGGGGAGUGUCGUGGGCAGAGCGAAUGCGGGAAUGGCGGCCAAGCGGUUAGAAGGGACGGUCAACAACCAGAGGCUGAAUACGCAUCUUGCCUUCACCCUCCUCGACGAACUCGUGCAGAUUCUCUUCCCGGAUGUAAUUGGUGUGGGGCUUGGGGCUGCUGCUUUGGCUACGUCUUCUUCUUCUUCUACUGCUACUGCUGCUGCUGCUGGGUUAGCGCAUGCUUCUUCGACGGCCCUGUGA